GUUGAAGCGCGGGCACCCUCCUGGUAAACAGAUGAAGGUCAUGUGGCAUGUUUCUCUUUCAUUACCAGAUGUGGGCUCGCAAACAGUAGCAGGAAACCUGUGGGAAUGGGUUGUCCAAAGCAUUCUACCAGAAGGUGCGACAAAACUGCGUGAUCUCUAGGUGUCGGGGUCCAUCUGGUGAGUGGGGUCUUCAUUCGUGGUGUUGGAUCGAACUUUUCAGGCACAGUCCGAUGGACCACAGUGGUGUUGGAAUGGACCCCCCGGACCCUUGAAGAUUGGAGCUCAAUUGUGGCGACGUGUGGUUCUUUGCUUGCUUCUCCGGCAGCUGAUAAGGGGAGUGUAGCCGCAGUAUGGGUCUAAGUUUGAAAUGCAUAUGUAUUCCCAGUGAAGCCGGGACAUGGACAGAUUACAUCAUGACUGGAGUUAUGCAGAGUUUGGAGGUCUCAACUUGUAGCCUUUGCUUGUUGGGGAAACGUCUGAGCCGAAAUGGCCAUCGUGCCCUACUUUGCUCCGGGAGAUCAUAUCCGCCUUAAUUGUGGAGCCUUCGAUCACCACGCGAUCUUCUGCAACUGGGAGCAGCGAAUCGCAUCCUCAGCCACCGUGAUUCAUCAUCGAGGGAAACAACAAGGUGGCUGCAUCGACAAGGAGACCCAGAAUGUCGCGGGCUACACCCUCGUCACGCGCCCAGUAAAUCCCAACGUUGUGUUGAGACGUGCCCACAGUCGCAUUGGUGAGCGCGGCUACAACUUGGUCUUCAAGAAUUGUGAAGAUGUUGCAUUGUGGUGUAUCUCGGGAGAUGGCUCGUCCUACCAGAUUGCUCGACACACUUCCCGUUGCGGGAAACACUUGAUGGAAGGGGCCCCUGCUGCCUGCAGACAGCUUCUUGGCGCUGAGCUGAGCAUUUCAGCACGAUCAAUGAUGAGACGUACAGGGGUUGCACUCGUUGCAACCGAGCUGGCUUGGGAGGCACUGAGAAGCAUUCGCGAUUGGAUGAAUGGUGAUAUUUCCGGGGAGCGUUGUGUGAAGGGCAUCGUCGAUGCUUGUGGAGCAGUUGGCGGAGGGCUUGCGGAAGGGCUUGCGGGAGGCUUUUAUGGUGCCAUUGGCGGUCCCAUCGGAGUCAUUGUUGGCACAGUUGUGGGAGGAGCUUUGGGCCAGCAUCUAGCGUCCAGCUUGACUCAGACUCUGACUAGCACUUUUUUUGAUUUGCCCAAACAUGUGGCGGUUGAGAAUGCAUAUCGCCUCUUGGGUAUCAAUCAGCAUGCAAGCAACGAGGACGUGAAUCGGGCCUACCGGCAGAAGGCCUUGCAUGUGCACCCUGACAGGCCUGGUGGAAGUCAUGAGGCCUUCGUGCAACUACAGAAUGCUCUUGAGAUCAUUCGUGCAGAGCGAGAUGGCCUGUGAAGAUGGCGCAAUCGACACACCAAAAACAAAUGGAUUGCAAUCGACCAGUGGAGGGAGCCACUAAAGUCACUAAAGUUGAGAGGAAGCAGCUUGAGCGUAUGACCGGUGUCAGUUAUCAUCCUGGAAAAAGGCUCGACCG